CAGCCUGCUUUAAUGUGGUGUUGUGAGCAUUUUCUAGUCAGUCUGCUGUUGAGUUUCGUUACGUGCGGUGCCCCAAACGGAUAAGUUUUUUUGUGCGUUUGUGUUUAAAUAAUAUAUUGCAUUAACAAAAAUGCUGAAAAACUGAGCCAAUUGUGUCCACUUCAAUGUACUUUAAAAUAUUAUUGCAAAUAACAUGAAGUUUGUGUAAAAAAAUAUUGCACAAUAAUUUCGCUUUAUAUGACAAACAAUCUUUUUGAGUCACUCGGAGUGUUUGCUGGCCGAUAUUAUCUUAAGUACUUUGUACAAAACGAAAAUAUAUCGCAUAACUGCUGUCACGAAAAUUAUUGUUACUGUUCGAAAAGCGCAUAUGUAUCGGUGUCGGCGCCGUUCACCGUCUUUGUUUUUUUGUUUAACACCGUUUAGUGAAUGUAGACAUAAAACACAAAUUUAUUGAACACAUUUUUAUGCAAUUUCGAUUUGAUUGUCAGCAAAAAUUGCACAGUUUCAUGGCUUGCGGCGUUAAAUGUGGUGUUUAUAUAAAUGGAAUGUGUUAGCGCAAAAAGAGAGUGUCGCCAAAAACACCAAAAAAAACAUUAAAAAGCAUUUACAAUCAUCGAAAUUAAAAUUGAUGUUUGAGAAAAACUAUUUCCGUUAGCGAAUUUAUUGUGCCAACUUAGUAUGCUCACCGACGGAAAAAGUGGAAUUUCUUAUUGAAAAACCAAACUAAAAUAAAACAUAUACGAGCGCACUAUGAAUAUAGUUAGUAGUUUUAGCUUCGUAAACUACAAACAAGUGUAAUUUACAGAAAAAGUUGUAAAAAAAGUUUCACCAAAAAUAACAUAAAAACUUAUGUUUAUAAAAAAGCGAUAUAAGUGAUCUUAAAUCUCGUAAAAGACUGUUUACUACAAUAGUCGAAACAAAAACAAUAAUUUUAAGCUCACAGCAAUGCUAUGUGCAAAUAUGCUUUCAUAAAAAAAAAACGAACGCCUGUCGCACAUUAAAGCUCCAAAAAAAGAUAACCUGAAAUCGUCACAAAAACUUUUGUGAGUGAAAGCUUUAAAACAAAAGUGUCUCCACACAUUAUGGCGACAGCCACAAAGUAAUCAUAAAAAAUGCCAUUAAGUGUGCGAACUUUCAUACAAGUGCUAUUAGUGCUUUCAUCUCUUGAGGCUUUAAGCUUUUAAGCAGCUAUAACCAUUCAAGCAAAAAACAAAAAACAUGAACGACAAUUACAAAAUCGAAACACAAAUGCAUGCAAAGUCGAAUAAACGAACUUGCCAAAACGAUAACGCAUGCCACAAAUCGCAUUUGUACUCAACGCCGCAGACGAAAGCUCCGUUAGCGCCCAAACAGCUCGACAUUAAUAUACCACACGAUUCAAUCAAUACAAUUACGGCAACGCUAAGUAACUUAAACGAUAUGCCGCACUACCGUUAUGGUGGUAGUGAUUCGUUAGCAUCCACCUUGUCACUGCUGCCACUCGGACGACGUCGUUGGUUUCAGCGCCAAACUUGCUUACUUUGCAUUUUGGCGGCUUUCAUUUGCGGACUAUUCCUCGGCAUAUUCGUCCCAAUGGUGGAUUUAAGUAAUGUAUUUUCGAACUUAUCAACGGAUCCCGCGCCUCGUACGCUACUGCCUGCAGCUGUAGUUGGUCAACACGUACCGAUCGGUUUAACUGCUUUAAAUUGGGAACCGCUGCCUUAUGAUAAGGUAAAGUUGGCAACAACCGUGAAUCGCACAACAGCAACGACGCGCAAAGACAACCUCAAAGAAGUGGUACAUAGCCCCUUUACCGUCGCCUUCAUUAGCGAACAUGAAGGUAGAAUUGGUGCGGAGGAAAUUUUGAGCGAUGGCCCGCAUUAUAUUGACAAUAGACGCGAUGCGCGUGUACAACGCACAGCGGAUGCACCACUAGCGCGGCCCACAGAGAAGCGUACUUCGAAAAUGCUGCAUGAUUUCGGCGAACAAACAUGGCCGCAACAAAGUUUAGAAAACACCAACAUCAUGACUAAGAAUGCACUGCAACGACCUAACGUGCUGAAGAAACACCAGUCGGCACCACCGAGCGCACCGGGCAUCAUAAAAUCAAACAUCUACUGGGGUGAGCUGGUAGAGCGCGCGCUCCCACAAGGCUUCAGUGCGCAGGAUACACGUGAUUGGAAUGCCUACGUUGUGUCUGAAACCGCGGUGCAACGACUAGAGCAAGGUUGCGGGCGUAUGCAAAAUCGGCUGCUCAUCUUUCGUGAUGGCACACGCGCCUGUGCGCGCUAUCGCCAAAACACCGAUCAAAUACAAGGUGAACUCUUCUCCUUUUAUUUGGGGCGCUUAUUGAAUAUGACAAAUCUCGCACCCAGCGCGGUACUCACGGUGAAUGUGGAAUCUGACAAAUGGUCCACCGUUGUGCAUGACAUAACUCAAGCGCAAUGGAAGCAGCAACGGCCGGUGGUACUGACACGUUGGCUGCCAAAUCUCGAACCAGCCGGCAUACCACAACCCUUUCAACCGAUCGAUCGUCAUCUCAACAAGCAAGAUGUAUGGAAUAUAACUUUAGCGCUGACGACAAUGGCUGGCAAAAGCAGCUCCGUUGAUGCGGAAAACUCAAAUAAUGCGCUACACCAAAAUUCUCACUCCGUGGAUUCUUCCAUAAAUAUAUCAAUUACACCGAACUCACUGGCACUUGAGCGCCUUGUUGAACUCGCUCAAUGGUCGGACUUGAUUGUAUUCGACUAUUUGAUUGCGAAUCUCGAUCGUGUCGUCAAUAAUCUCUAUAACUUCCAAUGGAACGCCGAAAUUAUGGCCGCACCAGCGCAUAAUCUGGCGCGUCAGUCUAAUUCACAGUUACUGAUCUUCCUCGACAACGAAUCCGGCUUGCUGCAUGGUUAUCGGUUGCUCAAAAAGUACGAGGCUUACCAUGGACUCUUGUUAAAUAACUUGUGCGUCUUUCGAGAGCCCACCAUACGCACUUUGAGACAGUUGCGCGAUGCGGGCGCGGGUCGUAAACUUCGCGAGAUUUUCGAACAAACGGCAAGCGCUGAAGUGCGUGAUGUGCUGCCAACGUUGCCAGAUAAAUCAAUUAAAAUAUUAAACGAUCGCAUUGAUCGGGUGCUAGGACAGGUGGAUAAGUGUAAGCAAAUGAUCAGUAAUAGCUAGUAACUUAUCUACGACGGCGUUGAAGCCUUUGUGAAAGUCCAAGAGAAAGGGUUGCGGUGCUCAAUGUAAAAAUGUAUUGUAAAUUAGUUAUGUCUAAAAGUUUUAAUACAAUAUUUAUAUUAUAUUGCUAGUUAUUUGUAUGUGUAAUUAUAUGACAUUAAGUAAUUGAGGCGCUCCAAACAAGUCACUGUAAAGUCAUAGCUUUAAGCUUAUUACUGUGUAUUAGUGUAACUGUAAUGUCUUGAAAGUUGAAAGUUCUUACCAAAAGCAAACCACAAAUCUUAUAUAUUUGUAUGUAAAUCUGACUGAUACGAGUUAAAUUAUUUAUACAUAUGUAUGUACAUAAAUGGCGCUUACGUUGCAGCUGGAUUUGCUGCACUUUUCCUAGUUGUGUUGAAAUUACUUUAAACAUAUAUUUUAUCUCUUGAGUUUCUCACACAAAAUGGGUGGUAAUAAAAGUUAUAAAUUUUUCUUUGAAAAACUUUUAAACUAAACUUAUUUACAUAUGAAAGGCUUGUGACAUCCUUGAAGCCCAUUAUCUUCAAAAAACUUAUAGAAUACUUAUAAAAUAUAAAUUACUGAAGUAAUAUAUAUCUUAAUUAUAAAACUCGCUUCAUAUCGGCAUUUUCAGUUCUUAAUUAUUAAAUUUCUUCGAAGAUAUGUACCAGAUAAAGUCAAACUUCGGAGAAAGCUGUGUUGUUUUUAAUGUGGAAGACUGUUUUAAAACUACUGAAGUUUACUUAAAACUUUUAAGGUACUAGAUUUAUUAGAUAAAAUCCAAUUAUAUAUUACAGAUUGGUGCUAAAAAGUCACUACACUAAUUUAUUUUUAUUUUCUGCUAAAAUUUCUCAAAACAAUAAUUAUUGCUAUUAUUAUUAUUAGGUAUAGUACCGUUAAGUAGGUUUUUAUCUCCAUGAAUUUUGAAAUAAUUUCUUUUUCACCAAUUUCUUUUAGAAGUAAACUCGAAUAAAGCUUUUAACUUGACCAAAGGACAAACAAAAAAAAUUCCUACCCAUAACACUCGCUAAACCACUUAUUAAAAUGUCACACAAUGAAGCUUAUCCAAGUCACCAACCAUUUCGAACUCAAAUUUAUCCAAGUUUCACAUUUUUUUUGUUUUAGAUAUUUUCGACAAUUUUUAUCUCCAGUCCAUAUUUGCUUCGUUUUAUUUUACUAUUCCAUAUGUAUAUACCAUAAAAUAAGUUUACAAACUUAAAUUAAUAAUAUUCCAUAUACAAUCUUAUAUAUCUAUAAUAUGUAACAUGUAUUCAAGUCACAAUGGCGCUAGUUUUUAACAAUAAGACCUAUCGGUUGUAAGUUGAAUUUUUUAAAACAAAGAUAAGUGUUUUACGUGUGAUUUUGCGAGCAAAUUAGUAUGUAAAAAAUAAAGUCUAAUUAUAAGAUUUUUCCUUCUACAUAAAAAUACAUAUAUAGACCCGAUAAUGUCUAAAAAAUUGUGAUAUAAUAUUUAAGUGCGAUUUGUAUAUGUAUGUUAAUUUAUUUAAAUAUUAAUCUAAAUAUACAGUGAAAAUAAAAUAAAUACUUACAAAAAUAUAACAAAAUUCCUUUU